AUGCGGCCCCCCUCGGCCUGGCCCGCCGUGGCCCUCUCGCUCUUCGCCCUCCCGAUCUCCUACGCGCUGAACAGCCUGGCUGCGCUGGAACACUCCUGGGCCGUCGCGUUGGUGGGUGCCUUGGUCCUUCUAGGCUUGUUUGCUGUGGUCUACCUCCCCAGUCAGUCCGAGGAUCCUCUCUUCUACGUGUUCAUGGUCUUUUCCUUCACGUCUGUGAUCGACACCAUAAUCGCUUUGGAAGAAGAGGGUUAUAUUGGCGGAUUCAUGGAGUUCUACAUGAACGAGGGUGAGCCGUACCUCCGCACAGCCUAUGGGAUUAUGAUCUGUUACUGGGACGGAGUGGUUCAUUAUGGUCUCUACCUCAUGAUGAUUACAGCCAUUUCUCAAAGAAAGAGUUACCGGAAUUUCGGCCUCUAUUGGAUCGGGUCCCUCACAAUGAGUCUUGUGGUUUUCCUGCUGGGUAACAUUGUCGGGAAAUAUGGGUCUGAGAUCCGGCCAGCCUUCCUCCUCAACUUCCCUUAUCUUCUCAUCCCCAUCUGGGCCGCGAGGAGAAUCUUCAGCCAGCCCAAGACAUGGCCUCUUCUCAUGGAGGAUAAGGUUUUUGAAGAGCAGAACAAAAGUCUGCUCCGGCGCCCGCUGGACUUGGGACUGGUGGGAUUCCUUCUCCUUGCCGCAGCAUUCACGCUUUUCCGAGGACUGGUGGUUUUGGAUUGCUCUGCUGACACUUGCUUCAAUUACGUGUACCAGCAAGAGCCAUACCUGCGGGACCCCGUGGCGUACCCCAAGGUCCAGAUGCUGGUCUUCCUCUUUUACCUCCUCCCGUAUUUCUGCCUCUGCUUCUACGGUCUCUUCCGUCCUGGGUGCACCUGGAUGCCGGACUGGGCCUUGGUUUUCGCCGGUGCCGUGGCGCAGGCACAGUUCUCGCACGUUGGGUCUUCCCUCCACCACCACACCCCCUACCCCUACCGCACCCCCGAAGAUGCUUGGUGGCCUGUGAUGAUCUCCAACGUGGCCUAUGCUAUGGGGCCCCACCUCCUCGCCUACCGCUGCCUCCGCAGUCCUGCCUUCUUCUGUCCGGCAGCCUCCCGAGACGAAGACAAGAAGAAGCAGUGA